GAUCAUAUAUAUCCAAACUUUUUUUCCUUUUUCAACUUUCUAAUUUUCCUUUAGAAAAUGAAACUUUGUAUUAACCCCAAAGAUAGAAAAUUUCCCAUUAUUUCUUUCAAGUUUAUAUUUUAGAUAUGCACAAAUCCAUCGAUUUUCAAUUACAAGCACGAAUUUUACUGAUUGAAUGGCUAUGAAAUAAGAUAUACGUAAUCCAUUUCAUCCAUAUCUGCAACCUUGAAAACAAUUGUUCGGGGCAGCUGUUAAAUAUAUAUUAAAGGAAAGCAUUCAAUCAACCCAUCAAAAAAGCUUCUUCUUGGAUUCAAGUUUAUGCUAGCUUUUACAUUCGCAUAAAUUAGUUGAAUCAAGAUUUCAUAACAGGAAAAUGUUAACGACCGGAGCAACGGUUCUUCCUUGUAAAGUUAAGUGCCUUCAUGAGGAGUCCUUGUGCAGAUUUCAACCGGCUGCCAUACUCAAAACUGGCCUUUUUUUGGCCAAUAUCUCAAAGAAAAAGAAUGAGCAGCUUUUUCAGAGAAAUCAAACCUGUUUGCCAUCACUGAUCAGCGCUGGCGGCCUUGGGUUGCAGACUAAUAGAAAUAGGAAGCUGAACAAUAUGGUCGUCUGCUGCAGGUUGGAAUCAAGACCUCCACCAUUUCCGUUUAAUUUUUUUCCUGGUUCCAACAACUGGCAACCCUGGGUUCUGGGAACGGUACUAUCAGUAAUCCUACCCUUUACGACGAGCAAAUGGGGGCCUUUAUUAAAACUGAAAAAUCAGGCUGACAACAUUCUAGAGGUAGCUGAACAAAUUUCGGAUGUAGUAGAAGAAGUGGCAGAGAAAGUGGAGAAGAUAGCAGAUGAGGUUGGUGAUCAGCUGCCGGAUGGUGGAAAACUCCAAGCUACUCUUGAAGUGGUUGAAGAUUUAGCCGAAGAAACAGCUAAGAACGCACGACUUGCCGGCGAUCUCAUUGACAAGGUGCAAGAAAUGGAAGACAAGCUGGAGUCGUUCAUGGAAUCAGUCGACGCUAAAAGCAAUGAGAAACCCAAUAAAACUUAGGAUAGAGAUGAUGUUUAUGGGUCAAAUCAAAUUGGAUCAAGCUCCAUUAGCAUGUUUAAAAACUUGUUUAAGGCUUAUCCAUAAAAAUUUAUUUGAAUUCUGUUAUUAUUUAAAAUAUUAUUAAAAAAUUAAAAAUAUAUUUCUAUGUUGAUAUUUAGUUGAAAUUGACUCAAAAUUCCCAAAAUAUGAAAAUCCAACCAACAAAAAAAUUAAACCAACGUAACUAUCAAAACAAAAUGGCAAAAAAUUUAAUUGGAAUUUACUAACUCUUGAUAAUUAAAAAGAAAAAAGUCAAUAAGGCUAGGGCUGAGCAAUUGUCGGUUUCAACCAACAAAACUAAUCAAAACCAAUGUUAUUUGUUUAAUUGGGAAGGAUUCAUCAGUUUUAAUGGGUAUUUCGAUUAGGGCUUCGGUUUAGACGAUUUAUAUGGUCAGUUCUCGAUAUUAGUUUUAAAGACCUGAAUUGUCUGAAAAAAUCGAUCUUUUUUACCUUUAACAUUUUUACUUUUUAUCUUAUUUUAUCAAAUUAAUAAAACUAAAAUGAAACAACCCUAGCCAUUCUCUGUAAGUCUUCAACAAUUCAAGACAUUUCUUCAGUCCUCACACCCUUGGUUGUUGACCCCCUCAUUCAGCCCCUCUUUGGUUUUUUGCCAAAUACCAAUGUGCCUCUCAUCAGUUGGCUCUCGACCUUUCAAGCUCAAGCUUUCCUCACACUCUAUCUCUUAGUCUCUCCAAUGCUUCAUCCCAUACUUCACUUGCCCUUGGUGCACCCCAUCUCCUUAAGUCUGGCAUGAUGAUCGACAGCUCCACUGUUCCACCAAACCUUAAAGACUUAAAAAUUUAUCAAAGGUCUAUUGCUUUUGCCUUUAUGUUUCUUGUGAACGACAGAAUAAGUGUUAUAACGGUUUUGGGACCAUUGGAUAAAAAAAUUUUAAUCAA